AUGUCAGAAUUUUAUCACCCAUUCAAACGAAAAUUUUCACCAGAAGAUCCAUUUUUCACACUAGGAAACUUGGAAUUCCGUUUCGAUUGGUUGAAAAAGCACUCACGUUUACAAAUUGAAGAGGUUUUCAACGAGGAGCUAAAGUCACUAACAAUCGCAAACCCAUUCACAUGUUGUUUACCACCUUGGUGUAAUAAAAAUCCAAUAAUGUUUUAUACAGCUUUAGACUACGAAACUCACUAUAAUACUUCUCAUCGCCAUUUUUGUCAAGAAUGUGACAAAGUAUUUCCUUCAGAACGUUGGCUGAAUCUUCAUUUGACGGAAUUUCAUGACAUUAUGACUCUGAUGAGAAAAGAAAAGGGUGAAAAGAUACAUGAAUGUUAUGUUCAGAGUUGUAAUAGGUUUUUUUGGAGCCCAAAGAAACGACGACUUCAUUUGAUAGAUUAUCAUAAAUAUCCGAAAACUUUUAACUUUGGUAUACUUGUGAAUGGAAUCAUUCCAUAUAGCAUACGAAAUGCGGAGAAAAUAAGGAAAAAAAAGAGAAAGAACAGUAAUAGAAAUUUAGAAUCAUCACAAUUACCAACAAGUACUUUGAAAGUAGAUUCAUCUAACUUUAUUGACACCGAGCCUGGAACUAUGGAUGUUGAUUCUCUUACUAAAUCCAUGUCGAACCUAAGAUUACCAAGAGUACCUAAAACUAUUACCUUUGGAAUAAGAACUGGUUAUAAAGGACGGUUUGCAAAUUCUCAUCGUGUUGAAGGAUUUAAUUAUAAUUCGAGUCAAACAUCUCAACACAAAGAGUUGAAAGAAAAAGUAUCAGAUGAUAAUACUCAGGAGGCGAUGGAAAAUAUAAUUGCAAUCUUAAAAUAG